AUGGCCCUCAGAAACUGGAUAAGAAGUACCAUCUCUUCAAGAUCUCCUGAGUAUUUACAAAAGACCGCCGAAGUCGAUGCUGCUCUCGACAACGCUGACCACCAAAAUAUAGUGCCGAUGACGGAGACUCUCGAUAACAUCAAGCAAAAACCAGCCCGGCUUGAAGGGGUCACAGAAAUCCCCGACUCUUCAGCGUAUGUCGCUAAUCUUGCCACCACUCCAGCGUUGGCUGCCGUCAAUGGGAUGAUCUCCUCUUUCCCCAUCCCCAAGAUCUUUACUUCAAACGCCAUUCCAUUGUUGAUGUAUAUGAGAGACAAUAACCAAGCAGAGAAACAGAAGGCUGGCUCUUCUUCUUAA